AGGAGCGGUUGGUGCCGCGCGGGGCAGGCGGAGCCGGCGGCGGGGAGGGGUCCCGGCCGCCGCCCACCCCGCACCGGACAGCUGCCCCUCCGCGCCUCCCGCCGGACGCGGCUGCGGGCAGAGGAUCUCGAGCAGCAGGAUGGAAGAACUCUAAUUGAUAGAGAGACAGACAACAGGCCCUUUCAGCAUGGAGACGACUCCAGUUGAUGGGGAAUUUGAUAGAAAUUCACAACAUGGUGAGAACAGAGAUUCUCAUGGACCAUCAACAGUGGUAACAAACAGCGAUGAAUCACAGCUUGUAACUCCAGGAAAAAUGAACCAGCAACAGGGGAAAGAAGCCUAUUUUACUCCAACCAAAGAGUUACUCCAGCCGUGUCUGAGCCCAGGAACUGCCCAUAGCCAUGGUUUUGACAGAGGGAAGGAUGAUGUGUCACAAAGUAAAGAGGAUGCAGCAUAUUCUAUGUCAAAAAGUAAGUCUGAAUCCAAGCUUUUCAAUGGCUCUGAGAAGGACAUCUCUUCACCUUCAAGCAAACUCACAAAAAAAGAAUCUCUCAAGGUUCAAAAGAAAAAUUACAGAGAAGAAAAGAAGAGAGCCACAAAAGAAUUACUUAGCACGAUCACAGACCCAUCAGUUAUUGUUAUGGCUGACUGGUUGAAGAUUCGUGGUACCUUGAAAAGCUGGACCAAACUGUGGUGUGUACUCAAACCAGGAGUGUUGCUUAUUUACAAAACCCCCAAAAAUGGCCAGUGGGUAGGAACAGUGCUCCUGAAUGCUUGUGAACUCAUCGAGAGGCCUUCUAAAAAAGAUGGCUUUUGUUUCAAACUUUUUCAUCCUUUGGAGCAGUCCAUAUGGGCUAUAAAGGGUCCCAAAGGUGAAGCAGUUGGUUCUAUAACUCAGCCAUUGCCCAGCAGUUAUUUGAUCAUCCGAGCCGCUUCAGAAUCAGAUGGCAGGUGUUGGAUGGAUGCUUUGGAGCUGGCACUGAAAUGUUCAAGUCUGCUUAAACGUACAAUGAUUAGGGAAGGUAAAGAACACGAUUUGAACUCUUCAGCAGACAGUAGUCAUGUCUCUUUCUAUGGUCUGCUUCGUGCCAACAACAUGCACAGUGGAGAAAACCUACCGCUAAAUGACAGUGAAGUUGAAAGGCAUCACUUUAAAGAUCAAGAUACGUACUCUGACAAAUCUGAUAAAGAAAAUGACCAUGACCACGAGGAGUCUGAUAAUGAAGGAUUGGGGAAAAGCGAAGAAAGCGACAGCGACACAUCAGAGCGACAGGAUGAUUCUUUCGUUGAUCCAGAACCAAUUGAUAUCAAGGAAACUACUUACUUAGAACAGAGUCAUGAAGAACUUGGGGAGGCAGGAGAGGCUGCUCAGACAGAAGUAGUGUCAGAAGAAAAUAAAAGUUUGAUCUGGACACUAUUAAAGCAAGUCCGGCCAGGAAUGGAUUUGUCCAAGGUUGUACUGCCUACAUUUAUCUUGGAACCUCGCUCUUUCCUGGACAAGCUGUCUGAUUACUACUAUCAUGCAGACUUUUUGUCUGAAGCUGCUCUUGAAGAGAAUGCUUACAACCGCAUGAAAAAAGUAGUGAAGUGGUAUUUGUCAGGAUUCUACAAAAAGCCAAAGGGACUAAAAAAGCCGUACAAUCCUAUACUUGGAGAGACUUUCCGCUGCAUGUGGAUUCAUCCAAGGACAAAUAGCAAGACUUUUUAUAUUGCAGAACAGGUAUCACAUCACCCUCCAAUAUCUGCCUUCUAUGUUAGCAACCGCAAAGAUGGUUUUUGCCUUAGUGGUAGCAUUCUGGCCAAAUCAAAGUUCUAUGGGAAUUCAUUAUCUGCCAUACUAGAUGGAGAAGGACGGCUAACAUUUUUAAAUAGGGGAGAAGAUUAUGUAAUGACAAUGCCAUAUGCUCAUUGCAAAGGAAUUCUUUAUGGCACAAUGACCUUAGAGCUUGGAGGAACAGUCAACAUCACCUGUGAGAAAACUGGCUACAGUGCAACAAUUGAAUUCAAACUCAAGCCUUUUUUGGGUAACAACGACAGUGUUAACCAAAUAUCAGGGAAAAUUAAGCUUGGCAAAGAAGUUUUGGCUCUUUUAGAGGGUCACUGGGACAGUGAAGUUACUAUUACUGACAAGAAGACAGGUGUUUCAGAGACAUUCUGGAACCCAACAUCUGAUAUCAAGCAGCGCAGAUUACCUAGAUACACAGUGAAGUUUGAAGAGCAAGAUGACUUUGAGUCAGAGAAGCUUUGGCAACAAGUGACAAGAGCAAUAAAUAAUAAAGACCAAACAGAAGCUACUCAGGAGAAAUAUGUUCUGGAAGAAGCUCAAAGAAAGAGUGCCAAAGAGAGAAAACUUAAGGGUGAAGAGUGGACAUGCAAGCUGUUUGAUCAGGAUUCAGUCACGGGAGAAUGGCACUACAAAUACGCUGAUACCAGACCAUGGGACCCUUUGAAUGAUAUGAUCCAGUUUGAAAAAGAUGGCACAAUCCAAACAAAAGUUCGACAUCGGACACCAAUGGUUACUGUUCCAAAAAUUAAACGAAAGCCAGCCAGUCAGAAGAAAGGAGAGUGUGGUUUCUCAUCCCCGGAGCCUGAUAACCAGGAUUCCUCUGGGAGUGAAGCACAACUUCUGAAGCAUAAUACAAGAAUAAGGAAAAAAGGGGCAGACCUUGGUGAACUGCAGAGUGCCAUUGAAUCUAUAAAGGAAACACAAGAAGACAUUAAGAGGGACAUUAUGGCUCUACGAAAUAGAGUCUCUUCUAAUUCACCACCCGUGGACUACCAUUUCCUGCAGUUUAAGCACUAUGUCUUCAUUUUCCUCUUGGUUCUACUACAGCUUGUCAUUAAUUUCUUGUUCAAAUAGGAAGUGUGAACAAGGGCCUUCUCAAACUGGAACGAUCAAACUGUUACUGGGGACCAUAUUUUAAACUGGACUUUUAAUGAUGCAAUAUUAUCUAAAAGAACCGUGUAGCAACAACUCACAGAACUUUGCGUCAGCGUUCAUGGUUCAGAAUCAUACUCCUGUCUACCCAGUUGAAGUAAGAAUUGUGUAAGUGCCAGUACACUCUUGCUCCUGGUGUGUGCCUCUGUCUCGUAGUCAUACGACAUCAGCCUUGCGUUUAUAUUACAUCAUACACUGUACUGAUCAAUCUUCACCACAGAAUAGAUGAAGUUAAAAACUCAGAGGUCAGACCUUGUAGGUAGGAUGUGAUUACUAUUAUGGUAGAAUGAUAAACAAACAUACUUCAUUACAUAUAAACUUAUCAUUUUUAUAAAAAAGGAACUUUUGAAGUAGCCAACAGCUUUUGUAAAUGGCGUUGGGAGUUUGGAAGUAAGCUUUUGCUUAAGGUCAAACAUACAUUAUUAUACAAAAAAUCAUGAGCGUUAGGAACUGGCAAGUAAAAAGCUGAAGUCUUUGGGAAAUCUGCAACAUAAUGUCCUUGAUUUGUUUUGGAAGUAUGAAGUUUUUAUCCUGAAUCACUAUAGGCUUGUAAGCCAGCUGUUUUAUAGUUUUAAAACUUCAGAUUCUUCAUAAAAACAUUCCUGCAUCUACUGUACAGAGCACAUUUUUAACAGUACAGCACCCAGGAAGGUACUGUCUUGGUCUACUCUCUCUCAUGAACUGCAAAUGUCAAGAAUUUCUGGUAUGUUUGUAAGUCUUGAUAAAUCUACAGCUUUGACUUUAGAUUUGUGUAUGGCCAUGUCAGGGUAAGACUGCUGAUGCCAGAAUUCUUGGUUAUUUUUGAAACAAAAUGUGAAGACGAAGAGGUGUGUUUAGUGUGUAGCUUGAGCUGAACCUCCCAAAAGGCAGACAGUGUAGAACAGGAUUCGUGUACUGUAAUGAGUUCACUUGCAAAUGAAAACGUGUGUUUACAAGGGGAAAGUUCAGAAAUUUUGCAGUGGCUAACACCACAUAUAUCAAAACAAAUGAGAGGGAAACCCUAAGUAUUUGUGAGGAAGGAAAUCCCUCCUUACUGCAAGUAUAUACUACCUACCAGAAUACAUGAAUACACCUACUUAGUAUGCUGUAGCCAUACAAAUUAAUAUGAAGAUUAAAUUUCAAUUCAGAAGCAGGGUUUUUUAUUUGAAGAAAUAUAUGCAUGUGUAGAAUUUGUAAAAUUUCAGCAAAAAAAUUUAGUGCUGGUGUUUAUCUGGUGAGUUCCUUGUGCCAGUCAAGCGUACCAAGUCAAGAAGAGGCUGUAGUAUUGUAAAGAUACUCUCAGUUACCCAGAUGAGACAACAGGAAGAUAAGCGGCACAAUGUGAAGUGCAGUCAAGUUCAUUUUCAGGGGAUCCUCUCAGGAAUCAAAUCCAUCCUGGGCAGUGGAACAGUUCAAAGGGCAUGUUUGGCUUUUUGGCAUGGCCAGGUUAUCCCUCGGCCUUGGGGUAGCCUUCUUGACUCACCAGGUGAUCUGCCUUUCUGUUCUGCAUCAGUCUCACUAGUAUUUAGUGAAAAUACUGUUUACUCUUUUAUCUGUCUAGCUUAUAUAUUUCUGUGGCUGACAGCUUCACACACCUCCCCUUCUUUUUUACCUUUCCCCUUCUUUGAGCCUUAGCUAUGUAAAAGUUUAUUGUGUAAGCACUCAACUUCAGCAUAUUGCUUACAGCUUCACAUUAGCAUGGUUUGGUCUUGAAUAAUUUUUCUGGAAUGUGGUACCUUAAGCAGGUCUUGCAUUUAUGGGCAAGACCAAAGUCCCUUUGUAAACAAAAAAUUACAAAUGCCUAAGUCUCUAAGUGGAAACUGAAGUUGUUAGCCAUGUAUAAAAUAGCAUUAAGAAAGCAGAAUAUUACAGCUUUCACUUAAUGUUCUCAGCCUGGAAUUUGGCCAUUCGUUAUUGCAUUCAGAUGUCAAAGCUUCACCUGUCUUAAGAUCCAGUUCGAGCCUUUAAACAUAUUCUGUACAUGAGAAGAAUCCACUAAAUGAGAUUUGGGCCAUGACUUCAAUCCCCUGAAAUAAUACUCUGCUAAAUUUGUGGUGCUGAAACUCUUGACCGAUAGUUAUAAGUUUCUAUUUUCCUUGUAAAUAGAAAUGUCCUUCUGCCUUUUCAUGUUCAUUUUUUAAUCACUUCUGUUCAAGAGCAGUAGGUAACACAGUUUGCAUGUAUUUGUACAUGGACUGCGUGGUAGUAACUGGAUUUGACCCAGCAAGCUGGCUGGCAGCUUGGUGUUGGACAAUGUCAGACUCCAUAUCUGAAAUUCAUACUCAGCUCAAGAUAAGUAAAGCACUUGAACAGAGCAAGACAAAAUCCCUAUGCUUAUUUUCCUCUUCAACUUAUUUUUUAGAGUUGAAUUCUGUUUGUAAAAGUGGUUUUAGGGAUGAUCUGAAAAGGUAAAGGAUAUGUGAUGAAACUUUUUGAAAAGUAAAAUUGCAGACUUCUUGAGUGUAUGAUUAGAUAAAUUCUGAAAAGUACAGUGAAAACGUAGUAAUUCCUAUUCUGAUGGGUUUUGUAUGAUGUUCCCUUAUUUGAAUAGAACAAAGAAACUUCUUGAAUUUUUACAGUACAGCUGGUCACAGGCAUGUAUGGAGCCUUUUCUUUAGUGUAUCACCAUUGUCCUGUUUAACCAUGAUGUAUGAUCUUGACUCUCCUGCCUGCUUGAGUUCUGCUCAUAGUUAUAAAAAUGGAUUGUACAGUUUGCAGAUGUUGGAGAGCUGUGGCCUCCUACUAGUUUUUGAAGUUUAAAACAGCACUUCACAUUUGAUUUACAAAUCUUGUUUUGUUUGGGUUUUCCUCUCUUGUACAGGAAAUAUUUUCAGAAUUUGCUGCCAUGUGGUUUUGUUGGGUUUGUUUUCAAAUGCACUCUAUGCCUUUAAUUUGCCAUUUAGGUACAGAUUGCCUAGUUGGGUACAGAUGACCUAAGCUAAGAAAAAGUAAAUAUGCCAUGUGAAAUGCAAAAAGUAUCAUUUUCAGCAGUAGAUGAUGUUUCUUGCGUUUCACAUGUUGAUUCCUUUUAAAUAGUUGACAUUACAUGAGAGUAUAUAGCCUGGUUGUCAUGUCAUGUCAUGUUUGGUUUGGUUUGGUUUGGUUGUUGUUUGCUGCUCUCCUGUGCCUUUGGCAUUUUUUUUUUUUUUUUUGUUGGACUAGUGUUUAUGAAAUAGACUUGGGAUUCAGUGUUUCCUAUAGUUUCUUAAAUGCUGUUACUUUUGGUUAUUACCACUGUUUGUGUAAAUAACGUAUAACAAGAAUUCUGUACAUCUGUAAGUUUUAAUUAUUUUUAUUUCAAGAGUAUCCUCAAAUCACAGAAAAUUUAGCAGAUAUUCAAGUAUUGUUAACAGUGCCUUCUUGAUGGGUUUCUUGCUGUUCCGAGACUUGUAAAGAUUUGUCAAAUUUGUGCCAUAUGUAACAUCUGACCAUUUGUUAGGGCUUUUGUGGUUGUGAACUGAUUUUCCUGCUUAGUCAGACUCUGGGAGGGGAAAAAAAACCUCUUAAAGCAUUACGUUACUCUCUCUUUCUGGCUGGUGAGCCAAAAGUGGAGGAUUUUGGGUGUUUACAGUGAAGCUGCACUACUUUGUAGUAAUACAGAAAUAGCCAUAACGAAGUAAGAACUUCACGGAGACAUUAUCUGGGCCUUUUCUUUUAACUUUUUCUCCUUUCUGCCCUGCCCCGCUCUGCCAAGCGGGAAAAUCAGCCCUCAGGACACAGCGCCCGCCUCCCCCGUCCCCGCGUCCCGCGCAGUCCGUCAUUCGGGAUCACCGCUCUCUGUGAGGGAUCUGAACUGUAAUAGGGCGGCGGAAUCCGCCGUCGCCGCCUCCAAUAAAGAUGUGUCGCAGCUCG